GUUUCAGUCACAGGACAGCGGUGUCACCCCUAACUCCUCCCCCAGUCCCACCCGGAGGUUCAGACCAGCAGUCAGCGCCACUGUGAGGUGGCCUGUAUUAACUCCACUCAAGAGGAAAGGAGGGGUGGAGUCAGAUGGACCACCUAAGAAGCUCUUUGUUGCCGGGGUAACAGAUCCGGCCAACAGGAGCAGCUACACAGUUAGUGUUUCCCAGACGGCGGCAGGUUCUCCGCCAGCAGGGGGCGUCAGUCCUCAGUCCAGCCCUCUGUCUCUCUCUCCUCCCCCUGCCUUCACCCCAUUUACCUCCCACCAGCACCCCGGACACUAAACCCUCCUCAUCCUCCUCACCCGGAGUCCUGACCCUGUCACUGUGGGUGCAGACUGACAACCAGCAUCAGCUCCAGAAAAACCACGAUGAACAUCGACGCCGAUCGCACCUUAUUUCUGCUCCUGUUAAUCGCCAGGAUCACUGUAAGUCCCGCCUCUUCCUGCGACCGCUGAAGAAUCACAGGAAAUUAAGUUUUCUGCUCUCUGAGCUGGUUUACUGCCAUGGGAAGUUUCUGUUUCUGUUCAGAGACGCUUCAGAAAGUAAAUCCUCCUGAAGUUUCUGAUUGGCUAUUGGACAUUUUUUGUUGGUUAGUUGGAAUAACGGCGCCGUUACUUUAUUUUAAACCCUCAGAGUCAGCGGUCGACUGUGAUUGGGGAGAAGGACUCUUUCAUCUGAUUUGUCAAAUGUGUGGCCUUAGAGUUGUGAGUCCAUCAUCUGACUGAAGUUGUGGAAUAACCCUAAAUCCAACGCCCAAAGGAAAGGUUUACAGAAGAUUCAUCAUCAGCAUCAUCGCAAGACUCAUGAAUCUUGUGAAACCGAGGACACACUGGUUGUGUCGCCAGACAGAAGCCGGAUUCAGACUGACAGAAGGGUGUGUUGGGGGAACUCUGGGAAGCACAUGGGGAACAGCACACCUCCAAAAAAAAACAAACCUCUCUGCAGACCCAAGGAUCAAACAAGCUAAUUGUUAUUCAAUACGUACAGAAGCAGGAUAAAUCAAGUAAGCACAGAAACACCAAACUGCUGUACAUGUUUGUGCACAUGCAGCACAGAGAAAACCUGUUCUUGAUGAUGGAUUCACAUCUGGGGCUGCCUGUAUGAGGCUGCAGCUGAAGUCUGACCGAUCAGUCGAUGCUCUGUAUGAAGCGCCAGAUUAUCUCUGGUCGACUGUUCUGAGUUCUUAUAAGGUCUUGAGUUGUAAUCAAGAUGUAGAAACACAGGAAAUGAAGAAACAUUUGAAGUGUUUAGAUUAAACGUAUCUACGAAGACAUCGAGGUACUUCUGGAAGAUCUGCUUCCAACUUCAGCGAUCCAGUUGACACGUCGAGGAUCUGAACGGAAAUUCAGGAAAUACUCCCACGUUGUCGUGGAGGUUUUGGACCACAUGUAAACGUAUCGAUCUUUCCAUCGAGUCGAAUCCAUCUGAUGAAAUUUCGGAAGUUUGGCAGUUAAAGUUGCUGGGAUUAAUGAUUCUACUAGCACUUAUUCAAAACAGUGAACCAGGGUUAAGCUCAUGAAUUUGCAUCUUUUAUCAACAAUGCAAAUUAUGAAAUAUACAGAAGCCCAAAUAUCCAAGCAAACACGUCCAAACAGUCCCUGUCCAAACUCAGAAUCCACAUGAAGGGGUUGUAGCUUUCUGUCUUAGAGAACCUUUGUCCGGUACGUUUGAGCCCAAAGUAGCUCAACCGGACAAACCUGAGAUUCAGCCACUGAACAAAGUUUCAGUCAUUGAAGAUUUUUGUGUUUUAACGAAAAAAGUCUCGUCUGUGUCGACUGAGUCCACCUGACUGAAACUUCUGGUUUUACCAGAAGGAACCCGACAGACAUCAGUUAUUUGUCAAACGUUUGUCGAAUGUUUGUUAGCGAUGGUUCCUCUGUUGGAUGUUUGGUUUCCUCCCAGCUUGAGAGACUGGUUUAAUAACUGGCUCCCAGUGAAGGAACUGAGGUGUAAUUUGUUAAUAAUGUAUCUAUAUGUGAAUAUUGACAGUCAGAGCAGCUUAUAAGUGCUCAGUUUUCUUCAGCCUGCAGGGUUUGAUUGUACAUAUUAAAUCUGCAGGAAGUGGA